AUGCUCACCGACGGCGGCGAUCUACCCAUUGGCGAUAUGCCGGCAAACAGGGAGAGGGAUCGAGAGAAGGACAGAGACCGCGGGAAGCACAGGGAUCGAUCCAGGGAUAGACAGGCAGAGAAAGAGUCGAAGAAGGAGCGCCGAGACAAGGAGAACGGCCACGUGAAGAGCAUCGACAAGUUGCCCCCGAUAAAGAUCAAGCUCCUCAGCCCGUCCACGUCAUCUGAUCCCUCCACGACACCGGCAAGGGGUGCUGGAACGCCCGGCCAGGAGCCGCUCAAGAUCCGCAUCAAGCCGAUUGCCCAGGAGAGCCCUGUCCCCUCCACAUCUACCGUAUCCACGACAGCUGCUGCCGAGUCCUCCUCCACUUCGAGGCCCUCUUCCGGAAUGGGCGUCGUCCAGCCCAAGCAUAUUGAUCGGAGCGUCGACCUGCCCCCGAUCGUGUUGAAGUCGCGGGAAAAGGAGAAGAUCAACACCCCCACCACGUCCACACCCGCAAAAGCUUCGACUGCUUCAGUCAAGAAGGAGACCCCGCCAAAACCCUCGCCCUCUACAGCACAACCACACGUUGAGGCCAAAAAGAAGGCCGAGCCGGUUAAGAAGCAGCCCGCCAAGAAGAAGGAGGUGAAAUCCCGGGCGAGCGUCGACCUCACUGAAGAUGAGGACGAGGCGCCGGUGAAGGGAAAGGCCAAUGGCGACGAUCCGCAAGUCUGGAUCUGCCCGGUGUGUUCUGUGGCGUAUGCCGAUGGGGCAAAUAUGGUUGGCUGUGAUACGUGUGAUGAUUGGUAUCAUUGGGCAUGUGUCGGCAUUACUGUCGAACCCCGGCCGAACAACAGUGGUUCUGUGAUAAGUGCACGAAAAAGCGCUCGGAGAGCAAGGUGGAGAAGCGGAAGGGCUCCUCAAUUGGCGCUGCUGCUGCGGCGAAGAAGCGGAAAUAGGUGUACUUUG